GGAUGUAAUCCGGUGUGACGCCACUAAUCCCAACACUACAAAUCACAGGUCCCGUCCACCUCGCUCCACACAGACCCCUGUGACUCCCCGCCAAGCAACUUCGCAUCUGCUUCAGACAGUACGAAGCUAAUAUAAAGAGAAGGAGAUAUGGCUGUGGUUAGUGGAACUUACCGUAUGGUGUCGGAGGAGGAGCAGGCUCUCAGGGCCAAGCUGGAACGUCUAACUGUCAAGGACCAUGGGCCAGUGUUUGGACCCUGUGCGAGUCUGCCAGACCACACCAAGCAGAAGGCCAAGGACGAGCUGAAUGAGACAGAUGAGAAGCGGGUGGCAGCAGUGAAGGAGCUGCGAGGAAUUAUUAAGGAGAAGGCAGAUGGAGGCGAUGACCUGGCCAAAGGUGUGCAGGAUACGUUUGGGGAUAAACCAGACGGUAUGCUGGUCCGCUUCAUCCGCGCCAGGAAGUUCGAUGUGCCCAGAGCCUUUGAGCUUAUGAAGGGCUACGUGCGUUUCAGGAAGGAUUACCCCGAGUUAUUUGAGAAUCUGACCCCAGAGGCCGUACGCAGCACCAUCGAGGCCGGCUACCCCGGCAUCUUGCAGAGCAGAGACAAAUACGGCCGUGUGGUUCUGCUCUUCAACAUUGAGAACUGGGACUAUGAGGAGAUCACCUUUGAUGAGAUCCUUCGGGCCUACUGCGUGAUCCUGGAGAAGCUUCUGGAGAACGAGGAGACUCAGAUCAACGGGUUCUGCAUCAUUGAGAACUUCAAGGGCUUCACCAUGCAGCAGGCAUCUGGAAUCAAACCCACCGAGCUCAAGAAGAUGGUGGACAUGUUGCAGGAUUCAUUCCCUGCCCGUUUCAAAGCUGUGCACUUCAUCCACCAGCCCUGGUACUUCACCACCACCUACAAUGUGGUCAAACCACUCAUGAAGGGCAAGCUGCUAGAGAGGGUGUUUGUCCACGGAGACGAGCUGGAAAACUACUACAAGGAGUUUGACGCUGACAUCCUUCCCUCUGAGUUUGAUGGAAAAGGUUCCAAGUAUGAUGGCAAUGCCACAGCAACCAAGCUGUUCGACUAAACGUCCUCCCUCGCUUUACGCCAACCAGGCGGAGAGCCAUUAUAUAUUACAAACCCCACAGACUGUGGAGACUCAAAGCCCAAUCUAGCUGUGUGGCUGUAGGAAAAAAAAAAAAAGAAUGAAAGUCAUGAGUGUGUGAGUUAUGUUGUUUUCCAGAAAUCCUGACAAAGCACAGCAUAACAGGAGCGAGGCAGGACUGGCUUGAAAGAGGCAAUCCCUCACAAUGAACAUUUAGGCAGGAGCUGUUUUGAUGCUUCCUUGUUGGUGUGUUCAAAUAAGCUGAUCCUCAUCAUCCUUUUUAUUACACAAAUACACCAAAUUCACAAUAUUAUUUUCAAUGUUUUGUGUGUGUUAUUUACUGAUUCACAAGAAGACCUUAGAGCUUACUGAAAGUCGCCAAUAAGGAAAAGUUUUCACAACAGUACGUGCUCACAUCGGCAUCACUGUAACUGAUCAUAAAAUAACAGUGACCAAAUAUCCAGUGGUGGAUUACUUAUCUCAAGCAGAUUUCAAGGUAUUACAAGUUGAUUUUAAUGCUUAACCCAGAUGAAUGAAAGCCAGCGGCUGUCUGGGAGGCAGGAUAUAAUCUAAAAUAAUUACUGUGAAGUAUUAUUCUUUGAUCUUUCAGAUACAAUAAAGUUUCUUAAUUUCAUGAAGGAAAAAUGUAUCAGAUAAUCAUUCAAAACACCCAUGUUAAGUCAUGUUAACAGACUUUCUGUCUCCCACCUCUGUAAAGUUGUGCUUUGUUUAGAUCCUAGCUCAUCCACACAGCUUUUUUUAACACGGGCAGGUCCCCAGCUUUCUCAGUCUCCUCCCUCUGGUCCCCGUCUCUCCCUGAAGUACAAGGCUGAUAUUCCAACAAGUGCCUGUCUCUCAUGUGUUUUUUAGAUUGUUCUUCAAUAUGAAUAUUAUUAAGUUUAACCCACUGUGCUACCUGGUGCACCAAUAAGAAUGUCAAUAAAUGUACAAUAAACUGUAUAUAAAUAUAA